AUGUGCCCCGUCCCUGGCAGUGCCCGAAUCGAGGGCGGCGUGCCGGAUCGGUGCGCUGGAUCGGUGCGGAGAUCUGUUGCUAAGCAGCCUUCGGAGCAGCUCUGCCGCGGCGAGAGGAGCGAUGGCAACGCCACCGCCGCGUUUAAUGGCACCGGGGAGGCUUGGGGCAUCGCCUGGCCGGAGCCCCUCAGCCCCGGCAGCCACGGGCGCCUCAUGACCCGGCUGGAGGACAUGCGCCGGAGCGUGCUGGGUGACGGCGUCAACCGCUGCAUCCUCUGUGGGGAGCAGCUGGGGCCGCGGGGGUCCGCCUGCGUCGUCUGCGAGGACUGCAAGAAGAACGUCUGCACCAAGUGCGGGGUGGAGACCACCAACAGCCGGCCCCACGCCAUCUGGCUCUGCAAGAUCUGCAGUGAGCAGCGGGAGCCCCCCGCCAUCCCACCGGUGCCUGCUGCUCCGCCGCGGCAGCCACCCCAGGAGGAGGAGGAGGAGGACGCCAACAGCUACGACUCUGAUGAAGGCACUACGCUGGGAGCGCUGGAGUUCAGCCUGCUCUACGACCAGGACAACAGCUCCCUGCACUGCACCCUCAUCAAGGCCAAAGGCUUAAAACCAAUGGACUCGAAUGGCCUGGCGGAUCCCUACGUCAAACUGCAUCUCUUGCCCGGAGCCAGCAAGUCAAAUAAGCUGAGGACGAAGACUCUGCGCAACACCCGUAACCCCGUGUGGAAUGAGACCCUGGUGUACCACGGCAUCACGGAUGAGGACAUGCAAAGGAAAACCCUCAGGAUCUCCGUGUGUGAUGAAGACAAAUUUGGCCACAAUGAGUUUAUUGGAGAAACUAGAGUUUCCUUGAAAAAACUCAAAGCCAACCAGAAAAAGAACUUCAACAUCUGCUUGGAGAGAGUAAUACCAGUAGAUCGUGGUGGGGAUGUGGAGGAACGUGGGAAGAUCCUCGUGUCCCUCAUGUACAGCACCCAGCAGGGCGGCUUGAUUGUCGGCAUCGUACGCUGCGUGCAUUUAGCAGCCAUGGAUGCCAACGGAUACUCGGACCCUUUCGUUAAGCUUUGGCUGAAACCUGACAUGGGAAAAAAGGCCAAGCACAAGACACAGAUUAAGAAGAAAACAUUGAAUCCUGAGUUUAAUGAGGAGUUCUUCUAUGAUAUAAAACACAGCGAUCUGGCCAAGAAAUCACUGGACAUUUCCGUCUGGGAUUACGACAUUGGAAAAUCGAAUGACUACAUCGGCGGCUGUCAGCUCGGCAUUACGGCUAAGGGGGAGCGCUUGAAACACUGGUAUGAAUGCUUGAAGAACAAGGACAAGAAGAUUGAGCGCUGGCACACCCUCCAAAAUGAGCACCACGUUGCCAGCGAUUGA